UGACUCUUUCUAGGCUAUCAUGCUUGUCUUUGUAUCCCCCCAUACCGUGUAGAGCUUGCUCAGACUUGGGAAGGAGUGCAUUCCAUACCUGUUGAGUUGUCAGAAUGUGAAGUAAAAACCCAGUAAGUAUAUAUUUGGAUCUACAUUGUAUAUAGUCUAUGAUUCUACUUUUGGAAGCAGUUUGAUAUUGGUAAGAUGUCAAGGAAGAACUGCAGUUCAUUGAAGCGCUGGUCUGCUUGUUUUUUUACUCACAUUGUAGGACUGUUAUGCCAGAGAAAAGAGAGAUUGGGGGCAUUUACUGACUCGCCCAAAAUAUACAGCUAUAAUUUUCAAAGGCUGAGAAGUCCAAGAUCAAAGUGGUGUAACAAGCUCUGCAGAACACAACCACAUGGCCCAGGGAGGCCUGCUGUUCUACAAAAUUAAGCAAAGUAAAUUGGAUAGCUAACUACCCAGAGAAAUAUAGUGGAAAAUGCAAAACAACGAAAUUAUAAAGCCUGCCAAAUACUUCUCGGAGUUGGAAAAGAGCAUCUUGCUUGCUUUAGUAGAAAAGUACAAAUAUGUGCUGGAGUGUAAGAAAAGCGAUGCCCGAACUAUUGCCCUCAAACAACGUACCUGGCAGGCGCUUGCCCAUGAAUACAACUCCCAGCCAAGCGUUUCCCUGCGGGAUUUCAAACAGCUAAAGAAGUGCUGGGAGAACAUCAAGGCUAGGACCAAAAAAAUUAUGGCUCAUGAAAGGAGAGAGAAAGUGAAGCGGAGUGUGAGCCCACUGCUCAGCAGCCACGUCCUGGGGAAGGAGAAGAUCAGCACCAUGCUGCCUGAGCAACUCUACUUCCUACAGAGCCCUCCUGAGGAGGAGCCGGAGUACCACCCUGAUGCCCCAGCCCAAGAAUCAUUUGCUGUUUCAAAUAGAGAACUGUGCGAUGAUGAGAAAGAGUUCAUACAUUUUCCAGUAUGUGAGGGGACCUCUCAACCUGAACCCUCGUGUUCAGCUGUCAGAAUAACAGCCAAUAAAAACUACAGGAGCAAAGCCUCUCAGGAAGGUGCUUUAAAAAAGAUGCAUGAGGAAGAACACCAUCAACAAAUGUCCAUCUUACAACUGCAGCUGAUACAAAUGAAUGAGGUGCAUGUGGCCAAAAUCCAACAGAUAGAGCGGGAGUGUGAGAUGGCAGAGGAGGAGCACAGGAUAAAAAUGGAAGUUCUCAAUAAAAAGAAGAUGUAUUGGGAAAGAAAGCUACAAACUUUUACCAAGGAAUGGCCUGUUUCUUCAUUUAACCGGCCCUUUCCCAAUUCACCCUAAGACUUUUGGGAGUGACUCCCUUGUAAUUAAUCUGUGUUGGAAAUGAAAGUCUGGAAGAUGAACUUCCGGUCAGUAACUUGUAACGGAGCUACAACUAGGAAACUUAGAGUGGUAGUAGUCACUUAUUUAAGAAUACAUUCAGGUAGAACAGCCGCACCCUAUGUACCCCUCAAAGGGUAAAGAAGCUGUUAGAGUCUUCUGAAAAUUAUCACUAUGAGUGCUAUAAUUCUGAAUGUAAUGUUAAAAUUCAUGUAAGAACCAUGUGCGAGUGUGUUGUAGGGUUUUUUGUUUUUUUUUUUUAAUCAAAUGCAAGUGUGACUAUAAAGGAGUGUGGCUGAUUUUGUUUUUUCUUUCUAAGUAGUCAUUUUCCAUUGAUUGCUCUCAAAACUUGCUGGAGGCCUUUGGGGAAUCUCCGAGGCUCUCAAAACUUGCUGGAGGCCUUUGGGGAAUCUCCGAGAGAGCUGUGACCCCUUGUUACGUCUCUUCAUCAGGGCCAUCCUCUAGAAUGUGGAUUUUCUGGAAAGAUAUUUUCUAAAGUAGCUUAUAAAACUGCCUUUUUAAGGCCUUUUCCCCCAAAGAGGAAUUCCAAGUAAGGUCUCCAACCAUGGUAGUUUCGUUGGAACUAAGACUGUAAUAACUUUGAGGGUUUAAUGUUCAUUUAGAUUUCUACUUUCUGUUACAUUUGUUUUAUUAAAGAAAAGUCUUGUAAUUUUAUAGUCA